UCAGCACUUUACAGGAAGAUUGUUCUGAAAGCUACUGUACCUUAGACAAAUUUAUGGUUAUCAAUCUAUACGAAGAAUCACCAUACAGAUACAUCAGGAACCAAACUGGUACGCUCAACUGUCAGGACCGCUGUGAUUUGCUCGAAAAAGGAAUGGCGAUGUUCUCAACCAGACUGGGUGAACUGACAAAGGAUUUUACCACAUUGUUGGACGUUUGAGAGACUUUUUUCUGGUGUUCGUUAGUUGGCAAGGAGUGCCAAAAGGAAAUCCAGAGAAAACACAGGCACAAUUUAAGGAUAGCAGGAGGAAGAGUUUUCAAGAAGGCAUUUUGUUUUUCUCUUUUGAAGUUGGAUACCUUUUCCCCAGAUUAUCAAUGGAGUUUUUGAAAGAGGACAAUGCAAGUGAGAAUAUGCAGGAAUCGCAAGACACCCACAUUUCCAGCCAUCUAGAUGAAGUAGUGGCUGCUGUCAGCAUCACCUCUAGAAAAAAGUCUCCUAACAAGCUGCCCCAGACCGCGCUGUUCCAGCCUCCGAGAGAGAAACUCCACCUGUGUGAGGAGAGGGUGAGGUCCUACUUCAGCAAUCACCAGUACAAACAGGCGAUCCAGGAGCUUGUACGUUGCCUCGCAUUGACCAGAAUUUGCUAUGGUGACUCACAUUGGAAACUAGCAGACGCACACGUUAAUCUGGCUGAGGGUUACCUCCAGCUGAAAGGAUUCUCACUGCAAGCAAAACAACAUGCAGAAAAAGCCAAGGAAAUCCUGGUCAGCUCCAUUGUGUCUCCCUAUAAAGACAACACGGACAUUUUCAAGUGUUCUAUAGAGCUCUUCUGCACCCUGGGGAAAGCCUUACUCUCUCUUCAAAAAUAUAAGGAAGCCUCAGAGAAUCUGACAAAAGCAGACAACAUUUCCAAGGAGCUCCUCCAGUGUGGAAAGAUUAUAAAGGAAGAGUGGACAGAAAUCCAAGCACGGAUCAAAUUUUCAUUUGCACAGGUAUAUCAAUGUCAGAAGAAAUUAAAAGAAGCUUUGCCCCACUACAAAGAGGCUCUGGAAUAUACUGUGAGCAACAAAGGAGACAAGAGUAUCGAGUGUGUACCCAUACUGAGGGAACUGGCAGGCACCGAGCAGGCCCUGGGGUUCCACGACGAAGCCAUCACACGUCUCUUACAGGCGCAUGUCAUCGUCCAGAGUAAAACACCUUCCCAAGAGCAAGCCUCAGAAUCUGCACACUUCGUGGCCCGGGCUGCGGUCGCUUCUGGGAAGCCUGAGUACCACGAGGUGGCUGAGAAGUAUUUUCAAGAGAGUAUGGGUCAUCUUAAGGACUGCGAAGGGAAAGGGAGAGCCAAGUUCCUUUCCAUUCAAGAUGAAUUUUGCCAUUUUCUACAAAGUAUUGGACAAGAAGAGAGAGCAACCUUGGUCCAGAAAGAAUCCCUGGAAGCCAAGGUGGGAGCAUUUGGUGAUUUCAGUCCCAAGGUGGCAGAGACAUACCGGCUUCUGGGCAGAGCAGACCUGGCACAGGGAAACCCCAGUGGAGCCCACAAGAAGCUGAAGAAGCUUGAAAGACCUCAGGGAAAGAUUGCCAGGCCCGGCUGGAAUCCAGUGCCCACCCCUGGACCAGUAAUCGAGGCCACAAGAGUGUUGCCCUGGAGAACGAUGGUGGUAGCUUAUUCCAACACAUUGGUCAAGGGAUGGAGCCAAGUCACGGGGGAGUCGAGGGAUGCCGAUAAGGACUUAGAGCCCCCGGCAUUUGGCAACGUGGAGUGUCUUCAGAUCCAGUCCCUCUUGUAUGGACCGCAGGACAAGAGGACCUUGGCCACCCAGCAGACCGUGGACAUACUAUCUAAGAACCCCGAGGUUUCCAUGAAGCCGAGGCAGUCUCUGAAAACCAAACUGGACAUCUGCAUCAACAUCCCUCAGAACACCGCGCUGGGGAAGGCUAGGCCUCACGUGGUGGACUGAGGCCUCCCGAACAUCCCAGGGCGAGCUGUGGGCAGGCCUGGACACUCUGUUUAGCGCACACAUCUCUCUGAACAGAAGACAGAAUCUAGCCGUCCUCCUGUGGAUUUUCAAGGCUAUUUGUCCCCAGCAUGCACCAGGAGUGCCGUAGAUUCCCCAUGGGCCACAUUUUCCCCCAGAGGAUGUGAAUCUGUGAAAUCCGUGGGGGUGAUCUGGCACUUUGAUAUUUUUCGUUAUGUAACCGCAGUGGAUUUUCAUGCCAAGAAUGUUUACACAUCACGCAGGCUUGAUCCUGUCACUGUAAAAGCCUUCUCUUCCAAAAAUGCAGAACUUGUCGUGCUAGGAAGGUGACUCCACACCUAAUUCUAUAUGUACAUAGAGCCCCUUGCAAAGAUCCAGAAUCAGAUUUGGAAAAAGCCCUUUUUUUGAAAUAGGAAGAUAAUAGCAGAUUGAAUAAAAUGCCAAUAAAGAGAAA